UCUACCUAUGGGACCCCAGUUAUCUCGACUUUUUUCAAUCGCAAGCAUGAUUUGAUUGAUAUGCCUCUUGGCGAUAAGAUCCAUACAUUGCGCGCAGCUUAGUGAAAACGCUUUCAGAGGCAACCGAUAUUACACUUGUAGAAGCAAGUGGUAGUUAUCUUCUAGCACUCGCAAUUGCUCUACUGAGACUCUUGCGCCGUUAUGUCGACUAGCAUUACUGAACCCGAACAGAAGCAAGAGCCUCAGGGCUUGCGCAAGAACGGCAAACAAUGGCAUCCGCCGCGAAAAGCAUUCCGCCCUGGCUCCGGCUUGACUUCGUAUGAGCAACGGACGAAAUUACGCACGGCGGCGGCUGCGACGAAGGCAAGGGAAAAGGAGAUGAAAGAAGAAAAGGAGGCAGAAAGAAAGCAACGGGUUCAAGCUAUCAAGGAGAAACGCGCAGCGAAAGAGGAGAAAGAGAGAUAUGAAAAGAUGGCAGAAAAGAUGCACAAAAAACGAGUCGAGCGUCUAAAGAGAAAGGAAAAGCGCAAUAAGCUCCUUAAUUCAUGAGCCGUCCAAAUAUCCUAGAGAACCACGUCUACGAUUAUUUUCAUACAUAUUAAGGAGUGGUGGACACGCGCGGCGAGUCGACUCAAUAGUAACAGCAAAAGCAACCUGUGGGAUUAAAUUCUCUUUUCCGUCGAUGGAUUCUGAGAGAUUUAUGGACACGAAGAUAAUCAAGAAUCGGAUCCAGGUUGGCUUAUUAUCCAAGAUUGGGAAAAGGCACAUGGUAUCCAACAUGCGGAAGUCCCCAAUGGGUAUUGCUUCAAAGCCGGUAGUGACAAUUUGAGAUCGGCAAGGCAGACAGGGAGCAGGUUGAACUGUGCGCAACGAGAUAGCAUCCAACUCUGCGACGGUCGACAUAGCUAUGUAGUAACAUAGCAUCACAUCCACAUCCACAUCACCUAACCUAUAAGUUACAAUCUUCAAUUUAACAUUCCAAGCCCUUAUACUCAUGCAUCGUUAUGCUAGGACCAACAUGCUAUACGAUAGGCGUUUACAUUUUAGCCAUGUGAGCUUACUACACUUUAUACAUGUAGAUAAGUGUUUCGACUGCAUACUUAUAUGAUAGGCGUUUCUUUAAAUAUCUUUAAAUAUUGUGGUGGUAAGAUAUGUAAGAUAUAUAUAUAAGGUAGAUAUUAUACCGGUAAAAUAUAGUUUUAAAAUAUGAUAUUUUUAAGGGGG